AUAUAUACCUAAACAUACAACACCAUUCCUCAAUCUCGCUCUACCUGCCAUCCUCAAUUUCCUUUGUUUCUCUUGGAGCAUCAACCUGCCUUCGUCCUCACUUUGUCUCCCAAUCCCAUGGCCAUGAAUCUCUCCAAACCCUCCUCCAUGUCUCCUCUCUUUCUCCUCCUCCUCACCAUCUUCUUCACCAUGACCACUGCCCAGAAACAAGACAACCUACCCCUAAACUUUCUACCAGAAUUCGGUCUUGGAAAAGAGAAUGUGAGCCAUCUCCAUUUCUUCUUCCAUGACAUAGUUGGUGGCCCGAAACCAACAGCCAUACGUGUGGCCGAGGCAGACUUCACAAAAACAUCUCCGACUGGUUUUGGAGCCAUCGUGAUGAUAGAUGAUCCCCUAACAGAGGGACCCAUGCUUAGCUCUAAGCUUUUGGGGAGGGCUCAAGGAUUCUAUGCAUCAUCAGCUUUAGAGGAACUUGGGUUUCUAAUGACCCUCAACUAUGUAUUUGUUGAAGGCGAGUACAAAGGGAGCACCCUCAGCAUUUUGGGGAGGAACCCUGUGAUGAAUGAGGUGAGGGAGAUGGCAGUGGUGGGAGGAAGUGGAGCUUUUAGAUUUGCUCGUGGCUACGCCUUGGCCAAGACCCACUCUUUUAAUGACACAACUGGGGAUGCUGUUGUUGAAUAUAAUGUGGAGGUUAUUCAUUAUUCCUCAUUGAAAACCUUUUUUUAGGGAUUGUUUUCACCAUGAUACUAUUUACCUGUGUUGUAAGGAGAUAAAAAAUAAUAUAGUCAUUGGAUUUCAAA